CAAUAAACACACGUAUAUUUUGUAUUGAUUGUCCACAAGAACGGCAAAGGGCAAAGAGCGAUCACGGUCUAUUUUUCUUCUCGUUGAUACAGGAUGUGAUGCCAAAAGAGGAAAAACAAUCAAAUGAUUGUAUCACCUUAACGAACGAUCUUCCGAAACAAUAUGAAUGUCUGAUUUGUGAGAAAAAAUUUGCUUGGAAGUAUAUGCUCAACUCUCACGUCUUAUUGCAUGACGGCAAGCGCCCAUUCAGUUGUGAUAUUUGUGGAAAAAGCUUUGCUUUGAAGAAAUACGUGAACAAACAUAUGAACGUCCAUACAAAGGACAAAACGCGCAUGUGUGAUGUAUGUGGCAAAGAAUUUCGGGACAAGCAUUCAUUGAAGGUCCACAAAAAUAUUCAUACUGGUGAGCGACCGUACAAAUGCACUGUAUGUGUUAAAAGUUUUGUCACCAAGAUUGAGCUAGGCUUACACAUGCCAGUACACAUGGGAAAUUAUAGGUAUAAGUGUGAUGUGUGCGGCAAAGGAUUCAUGCAAAGAUCGCAUUUGAAAGACCAUAAAAACAGUCAUACAGGAGAGCGGCCGUAUAAAUGCAGUGUAUGCGGAAAAGAUUUCGGCACCAGAUGUGUUCUAACCGGUCACAUGUCAAUUCACACGGGUAAUCGACAUCAAUGUGAAGUUUGCGGCAAAGAAUACGCUACUAAAUUUAAUUUGAAAUUACACAAACGCAUUCAUGCAUCUUUACUAAUCGAAGCAACAGACCAAGAACGCAUCAUUCUAGCCAAACAGAAGCGUAUAACAAACGAAUCCACAAAACUUGAUGUCAAUGACAAGGUAAAUGAACUAGCCAAAACCAAUGACAACAGCGAUGCAUUUGAUUUACAACCAAAUUCAUACGAUUCUUCUAGUUGCAAUGAAGGGAAUCGAAGUGAAAUGAUAUCCUGUCAUAGACAGGAUAUUAUACCAAACAAGGAGCAACUAUCAACUAGCUCAGUAACAUCUUUCACACAGGAAACCAAUUUUCCAAAUCAAUUCAAAUGCCAGAUUUGUGAUGAACAAUUUUCUGACGAGGACUGUCUACAUAAGCACGUCUUAUUGCAUGGGAAAUUGAUAGGAUUUAGUUGUCAUAUUUGCAGAAAAAGUUAUUCUUCUACGACAAAUUUAAGCAGACAUAUGAUCGCCCAUACCGUUGACAAACCGUUUACAUGUGAUGUAUGCGGCAAAGGAUUUCGUGACAACCAAGCAUUGCAGUACCACAACAAUAUUCACACCGGAGAGCGUCAGUACAAAUGCACUGUGUGCGGAAAAGAGUUCCAUGCUCAAACGAAUUUUUCCCAACACAUGCGCCUUCAUGAAGACAAGCACAAGUGCACGGUAUGUGGCAAAAUUUUUACCUCUAACGCUCUACUAAGCAUACACGUGUCUUCACAUACCGGUUCUUAUAAGAAUAGUUGUGAUGUUUGUGGUAAAGGCUUCGCAUCCAGAUGGAAUUUGGAAGACCACAAAAACAUUCAUACAGGAGAGCGUCCGUAUAAAUGCAGUUUAUGCGAAAAAGAUUUUGCCACUAAACGUGUUUUUACCCAACACAUAUUAACUUGUACACGUAGGCGACAUAUAUGAAGUUAGUGGCAAUGAAUACAGAACCAAAUUUAACUUGAAAUCGCCUAAACGAUUGUGUUGAUACGAUGAUGAAUGAUGUUCUCACCUUCACAUAAAAUACAUUCAUAUUUUCUCCAUUUGUUGUUGCCAAGACUGUCAUCAGAAAUAAAAUACACUGAUAAAAAUCGACACGUUGGACUGAUGUGUUUCACACUUAAAUUCGUCGCAUUUGAUUCGACACUUUAAUUGCAAGUGUAAGUCUCUUCAAAUCUGAUUCAAAUCGAAUA